UUCACUUGUUCCAAGUGUGGGAAGGGAUUCACUCAGUUAUCCAGCUUACAUACCCACCAGCGGGUUCACACCGGGGAGAGGCCAUUCAUCUGCUCCAAGUGUGGGAAGGGAUUCACUCGGUCAAGCCACCUGCUGAGACAUCAGCAAAUUCACAUUGGGAAGAGACCUUUUAAAUGUCCGGACUGCGGGAAGUGCUACAAAAGUUCCAGGAAACUGUUGUGUCAUCAGCGUGUUCACACUGAGGAGAGACCGUUCAGGUGCUCUCACUGCGGGACUGGAUUCAGGAAAUCAUCUGAACUCACUGUGCACCAGCGAAUUCACACUGGGGAGAGACCAUUCAACUGCUCUGUGUGCGGAAAGGCGUUCACCCAUUCAUCCAACCUGCUGAGACACCAGCGUAUUCACUCUGACAUGAGACCAUUUAAAUGUUCUGAUUGUGAGGAGAGCUUUAAAAACAGCAGUGAUCUGCUGAGACACCAACAAAUUCACACUGGGGAGAAACCAUUCAUCUGCUCUGAGUGUGGGAAGGGAUUCAUUCAGUCAUUCGCACUGCUGAUACAUCAGCGCACUCACACUGGGGAGAAGCCAUACACCUGCUCCGAGUGUGGGAAGGGAUUCAAUGUGUCAACCACCCUGCUGACCCACCAGCGAGUUCACACUGGGGAGAGACCAUUCACCUGCUCCGAGUGUGGGAGGGGAUUCAUUUGGUCAUAUCACUUGCGGAGACAUCAACACACUCACAGUGGGAAGAGGCCGUUCACUUGCUCUCUGUGUGGGAAGGGAUUCACUCGGUCAUCUAACCUGCGGAGACACCAAGAAGUCCACAAGUGACUGCAGGGGUUGGAUUCUGCGGUUAAUCACAUCAAGGGCUGAACAUGUGGGUGAAUCCUGAGAGAAGAAUGGAACCGGGAGAGAGCAGCCCCAACCCACCUGGAUGACAGGGGAGAGGUGAUGGAGCAGAAUGAUGUGGUCGAUCUUGUUAAAGGCUGCAGACAGGUCAUGAAGGGAGAGUGUAUUCCUUGUCACAGUCAAAUAGGAUGUCAUUUAUGACUUUGAUAAGAGCUGGUUCAGUACUGAGGCAGGGCAGGAACCUGAUUGGUGGGAUUCAAACAGGAAAUCAUGGACAGAUUCGGGAAAUGACAAACUGUUCUCAAGAGGAACAA